AUGGUCAAUGUGAAUGCCCCAUUUCCAUUCAACCUUCACAACCAGUUCCUUGGCGAUCCUCCAUCUCGCAGUGUUUCAGGUGGGACCCUGGACAGCAGUCGGCGGGCCUCGCGAUCUCCUGGCCGUGAUUCCCUACACAAAAGUUAUUCACGGACUUCGCUGCAGCAGGAUGCCGAAGGUUCAGCUUCCCAGAGCAAUGAUGCCGUGGAUGGAAGAGGCGAUCAGUGCAAGCCGAUAUUAAAUGUUCGCCUCGUGUCGACUCCUAUGAGCAACGGUGUAAACAGGACAAUUAAUGGCAUCUCUCGGGGGCGACCAGGGCGUGGGAUCGAACACGGACGACUGGAUGUUGUUGGUGCUAAACCCAUUUCUCGUCCUAACGAGAAUAAGGAAGAAAAUGUGGACGAAGACAAUGAUGUACUGACACCACGUCCACAGACGCACGUGUCAGGUGGGGAACCAGAUAAUUCAUCUGAUAGCGACCCCUCCGAGCCCUCGCGUGAUGAUAUCCAUACCGAGGAUUUCACCGUUCGUGACGCUGGAGCUAUAUCACGUUCCUGGGGGGACUGA